AUAUAGCAACUUAAUUUCUUGCGUAUUCUUGAAAACAAGAAAUUAAAAAAAAGUUGUCAUUACUCAACAAUUAUGUCUUUUUUAAGAUUUAUUGUUGUAGUUCUCUUCUUGGUCUCAGUUUUUGGAUCAUCAAAUGCUCAAUUGAGUGCUACAUUUUAUGCUACCACUUGUCCUAAUGUUACAGAUAUUGUACGUGGUGUCAUGGUGCAAACUCAAAGUACUGAUGUUCGAGCUGGUGCCAAAAUUAUUCGCCUUCAUUUCCACGAUUGCUUCGUUAACGGUUGUGAUGGAUCCCUUUUGCUAGAUAAUGCAACUGGGAUUGAAAGUGAGAAAGCUGCACCUGCAAAUGUAGGUGCUGGAGGAUUUGAUAUUGUGGAUGAUAUUAAAACUGCAUUAGAAAAUGUUUGCCCUGGUGUUGUAUCAUGUGCUGAUAUUUUAGCCCUUGCAUCUGAAAUUGGAGUUGCCUUGGUUGGAGGUCCAUCAUGGCAAGUUCUUUUAGGUAGAAGGGAUAGCUUAACAGCAAACAGAAGUGGAGCUCUUACUGAUAUCCCAAGUCCAUUUGAAAGCCUUGACCAAAUGAGACAACAAUUCGGUAACAAGGAUAUGGAUUCUACUGAUAUUGUUGCUCUAUCAGGUGCACAUACAUUUGGAAGAGCAAGAUGUGGCACAUUUGAGCAAAGACUUUUCAACUUCAGUAGCAGUGGUAGCCCUGAUCCUACCAUAAACUCAACUUUUUUACCAACACUACAAGGAAUUUGCCCACAAGGUGGAAAUAAUGGUGCUACUUUUACAAAUCUUGAUCGAUCAACUCCUGAUAAUUUUGAUAAUAACUAUUUCACAAAUCUUCAAAACCAAGAAGGGCUACUUCAAACUGAUCAAGAAUUGUUUUCUUCACCUGGAUCUGAUACAAUUGCCAUAGUGAAUCGUUACGCGAGUAGCCAGACUCAGUUCUUUACUGAUUUUGCUAGCUCGAUGAUUAAAUUGGGAAAUAUUAGUCCGUUAACUGGUACUAAUGGAGAGAUUAGGACAAAUUGCAGGAGGGUUAAUUAGUUAAGUGAAUUUUCACCAAGAGUGCUUUAAUAUAAUUUAUACAUGUUCUUGUGUUGUGUUUAUGUCCCAAAGAGACAGAGAGAUUGUCAAAGUUUGAUAUGAUCUUGAAGUGUAAUUUUUGUCUCUUGUUUGUUUUUGUGUAAAUGUAGUAUGUGCUGAAAUAGCAAUUCCAAAUAAGACAUGUUUGUGCUGAAA